ACAGUGUCUAUCCAUGGGUAGCCUGAAUUACUGCGAUGGGUAUCAACUCAUUGGGUGGAGGGAUUACUACUAUAUCAUGGCCUCUGCGACACGGGCCAGUGACAUGAUAGAGUCCUUUGGUUGUCAUCUGAGCUGGACCGAACUACGCCCCGUCGUUGCCGACCGACAGGCCCUCAGCCGGGAGGAAGGCAUCCUGGUAAAGGAGCAGUGGGACUUUGACGAUCGCCCGACCUACUACACGGCUAUCCGGAAUCUCCAGGGAUUCAUCGCCUACCACCUCAAUAAACACGAUCAGGCCUUGGCGUUCUUUCAGGAUGUACUAGACAAGGACGAGAACAACAUCAAUGGCUUGGGGAACAUGGCUGUCCUUCAUGAAAAACUGUAUGAGAUUGACGAGGUAAAGCGUUACCGGGAAAAACUUCAAAGUGUCCUUGAGAGACCUAGUUAUGAAGAAAGGGCCAGGGCCUACGCUGAUAAGGCCCAUGCCAUUCGAUACUUUGAGCAGUUUAAACGAUGCUUUCGAUACAUGAGAUUCAUCGAGAGAGCUGCGACAAUUGGAAGAAAAUGCGAUGGCCCUCAAAGAGCAGAAUGGUUCUUUGACUAUGCCCUGGCCUUGUAUAGGAGAGACGUUCAGAUGCUGUACCUCAGAAAACUUGCCAGAGAGGCCGACUGUGCACCGGAGCACUCAGAGUGCUACUCGGAUGAGCGGAUUUGGGAGGGGUUUUUGAAGGCUUGCAAAUUUUUCUUAGAGGUAGCACGCACUAGCACCUCCAGAGAUUAUCAAGCUUUGUCCUGGGUGUUCCUUGGGAUCCUUGUCAAUCACGAUCCGGAAAACAGGAGCAUCGCCAUGGCUUUUCCUGAUGAACCAGAGAUCCAACACCUCACGGCUGCUGAUUGUUUUGAAAGAGGUGUUGGCAUGCACCCAGAGCAUGACAUUGUUACCCGCAGAGUGGGAUCUGAAUAUGUUAAACUGGGGCGCUUUGCAGAGGCCAAGUUUUGGCUGGACAAAUCCCUGAACAUACUCCCUUCACAGUUCGCUUACCGACAUCGUGGCUCUAUGUUUUUGCGCAUGUAUGAAGCAGCCGACGAGGAGGAGAAACGGACAGAAGAUGCCAAACAGUGGCUUCGGGAAGCUGUCAAAGAUUUUAACAAAGCUCUCGAAAUGAAAGAGAUCCACGCCGAUUACUCAGACCUCGGAUAUGCCUAUUUUCUCCUGGGCGAAACCAACAAGGCCCUGGUGAAAUUCGAACGGGCUACCAGCAGUGAGCAGGACGAUUACUUUGACCCGGUGUUGACCCACCAGCGAUGGGCUCAGUGUCUGGAGGAAAAACGCCAGCGGGAAGGUAGCGAGUUACAGCUAGAAGAAGCCAGAAGGGUCCGAGAGAAGAUCCUGGAAACACCUCUCGAGGAGGAUCAGUUGGACUACUUCAGUGACGACUUUGACCAUUAUAGCACUAAGGAAAAGCCAGGAUUUGUGCGAAUUCUUCAGGACUACCACUUCUGGGCAGCUCAUUCAAAGAGACGUACUUCUGAGCUCAAUCCCCCGGAAUCGCAGGACCCGGCAUAUCCAAGGAAUACGCGGUACCGAUAUGACUUCUUCGUGUGGCACGCGGAAAGAGACAGUCGAUGGACUGUGGCGUUCGUCCACAAACUGGAAUCGGAGCACGGGCUCGUGGGCAGCAUCCAGCGGCGAGACUUCGAGGUGGGCAGGGAUGUCUCCUCCGACGUGAUAAGAUGUCUGAGACAGAGCUACAGGUUUGUCAUCGUCCUCACACCUCGCCCGAGUUCAGCCGCGAGCUCAGGCUGGGAAUCCUUUGCCAUCAACCAGGCAGUGAUGGAGGGAGGCCGGCGAGGCGGGGAGUACAUCGUGCCGAUCAAACUCCGAGAAAGCGCUGUGCCGGACGUUCUGCAGACCCUGACGGUCCGGGAGUGCGAAGAGGGUCAGAUACUGAAGCAGCACUGGGACGAACUCGUGCGGAAACUUACCCAAGGAUGAUAACGUGCUGAUUAACUCUUUAAGUCCUCAUUUCUUUCAUAGACUAGCCCAUCCUAUUCAAAGUAAGUAAUAAGUGCCGCCUUGGUCUGACAAGUUGUGAUCGGGCUCCAACAUAUCGUCCAUUAAUUAUGCACAUUUUCCCGUCUCCCAGUCAAAUUACUUUACAUGUAUUAAUAAUUUCUAAAACCUGAAACAUGAAUUUGAAUCCUGAUAUUUCCGCGAAGCUCUUUCAGUGGAAUAGUUAUUACCUUGUACACGUCCGUGGUGUUAACUCUGCUUAUCCCUCACAGCAUUUUGCAUUCAAGGUGAGAAGUUAACCGUUUCGUCAUCCCAUGCAACAUUAAUCCAUGGUGACUUCAUCGGAUUUAUCGCGAGACAGCCAUUCUGGAUUGUGCAUGCUCCCUGAAUCCACUUUGAUGGGUGAAUACCCUGAAUUGGGAGGGAGCCUGACUAUGUUUGCAUAACUACGGGUAUAGCUACAGUUUUUAUCAUGUAGAAAAUAAAGGUAACACGACUUUUUAUCCGUAAUUUGGAACCACCUAUUGAAAAUUAAGGAUAAUUAUUUAUAGUUUGCCCAAAUUGCAUCAUUGUUCGAAACAAUUUCUUUUUGAUUUAGGGAUUGCCUGGCUUUCGAUUCAAGAUUGCUUACUCAUGAACAAGGUGCACAAGCUAAAUUACCUCACAACCUAUUAAACCUUUUGAUUUCUUAAAAUAUGACAUGAAAUCAUUUUAUGAUAAUUUAUUACAUAAACCUUGACGGGUAAGUCGGUUCAGUAAUUUUACAACAUGGACUUUGGGAUGACGGUAGUAGAGUAAAUGCACGUAGGUCGGUCGGGGCGUGCCCAAAGUUGCUGAAAUUUUGCGUACAUGUACCUCUGAACAAGAAAUUUUUCUCGAUUUCGGUGCUGUAUUCGUUUCAAUUUGAACACAUAAGGCAAUUUUUUUCCUUUAAAAAAAGGAACCGUUAAGCAUAUAUACGUUCAGUUAAAGUUCCAAGUGAACCUUUGCUUAUGUUUCGAAAGCCAAAAAUCGAUGGAAAAGUUAACCAUAUUCUUUCACUGCGAUUUUUCCCACUUUGCUAAAAAAAAUAACGUCCAAGCAAAUUGAAAGGGGACCGUCUUGCUUAAAUUCUCAGCAAGGUGUAGUAAACAAUUUGAGGCCUUCGGCAGCCAGGCGGUAUCUUCUUGACGAGCCUGUUACGUGUAUUCCAAGUGAAUAGAAAUCCCAACCUUCAGAGGUUUUUUUUUGUUUGUUUGUUUCAGUACCUUGUUCAGUUAUAUGCACUCGUAUCAACGCAUGGAAAGCACGUACAUGACGAUUUUUUUCAGAAAAGUGACAGAAUCCGUUCUGCUGCUGAUGCUAAGUUUGUAUUACUUUUUAUGAUCUGAUUAUGGUCAGUCGUCAAAUGGCACCCCCAUACAACCUCUGGCGUGUGGGCCGUCUCCCCGCCCCCAUUUGUGUUUCAUUAUAAAAUCAUUAUAAAAACAGAUUUUUGUUUGUUCUCGAAGAUUUUUGAGGAACUAAAAUCAAAAAUAACUCCAUGUGAUACAGCUUUUGGCUAUAUUGGACAGAGAUGCGUGGGUGGUCGUUAAUCGUCAGUGACUAUAGGCACGGUACAUCGUACUUUGGAGUGAAACGUCGUCUGGUUAUACGACUGAAAUCAACUCUAGUUCAUGUCACGUGCUUUCAGUGACGUAUCUAGCCGUAGGCUUCUUUGACUAGGACCUGAAAACUAAACUCCUGGCCCCAAACCAUAUUUAGAAUCGCUUUACUAUUACAUUGUAUUUUUUUUAUUUGCGCUGCAGCCAGUGCCAGGAAAUCAGAAAAUAUGGGCGAUUCACAAUAGUG